CAAUGCUUACGACUCCAAAAACUUAUCUUCAUUUCUGUCUUUCUACUAACUUUAAGAAAUGAUCACCCACUUUCUUCAACCUCUAUAAAACCCUAAAACUCUUACGAUCCACAAGUUACUUUUUGUAUGUUUGUAAAUACUAUUUCUUAAUCCAAUGUUUGGUCUGGUUAGCAAGCAGGAUGACCAAAUCCAAAAGCUUCUUUUACAAUUUGGUCAAACCCUUCAAGCUCAAGUCAACUAAAGCAGAAACUCAAGAUGAAGAAUUGGAACAGCUUGCUGCUCAAGAACAGAAGAUUUUUAAAUUUCAAACACUAAUUUCUGCAACUAAGAAUUUUCAUCCAGAUAAUAAGCUUGGUGAAGGGGGUUAUGGCCCUGUUUUUAAGGGGAAGUUGGAGGAUGGGAGGGAGAUAGCGGUGAAGAAGUUGUCACAAACAUCCAAACAAGGGAAAAAGGAGUUCACGAAUGAAGCCAAACUACUAGCUCGCGUGCAACACCGUAAUGUUGUAAAUUUAUUGGGAUAUUGUGGAAAUCCGGAGAAGCUUUUAGUAUAUGAAUAUGUUGAACAUGAGAGUUUGGACAAGUUUCUUUUCAAACAUCAAGAGGUGUUAGAUUGGAAACGAAGAUACGACAUAAUUCGCGGUGUCGCGCGUGGCUUGCUUUACCUUCAUGAAGAUUCACAUGAUCGUAUCAUCCAUAGAGAUAUUAAAGCUAGCAAUAUUUUAUUAGAUGAAAAAUGGAUACCAAAAAUUGCGGAUUUUGGCAUGGCGAGGCUCUACCCCGAAGAUCAAACUCACAUUAACACACGUGUAGCCGGUACCAAUGGAUAUAUGGCACCCGAAUAUGUUAUGCACGGUACUCUAUCAGUAAAGGUGGAUGUGUAUAGCUUUGGCGUUGUGAUUCUAGAGCUCAUUAGUGGUCAGAAAAACUCGACUUUCGACCUUGAUCCCGAGUGCCAAAAUCUACUAGAUUGGGCAUAUAAGCUGUACAAGAAAGGCAAAAGCCUCGAAAUUCUGGAGUCAAAACUGGCCGCGUCAGCAGACCCAGAACAAGUUUGCGCAUGCAUACAAAUCGGGUUAUUAUGCACCCAAUCGGACCCAAAACAACGACCCACAAUGCGCGGUGUGGUCUUAAUGCUAAACAAAAAACCGAGUGCACUAGACGAACCGAACCGCCCGGGAAUCCCCGGCACAAGGUACCGAAGGUCCCACAGAUCCGCCACAUCAUCCUCAGCAGCCGGGACUUCUGGUGCUUCGAGUUCUCAUGCUUCCACCGCCACCACCACUUCCACCACCAUGGUUGCUAGUACCCCGAAAGGAUCUGCUUUUGUGGCGGCGCGUUCGGGUUCUUCCACCAUGACAUCCGCUGCGGGUUCCUCUGGUCAUGGCGUUUCGCAUUCGGGUCCUCACCGGAAGUUGAGAUCAGAUCCUCAUGGUAAACGUCCCAUGGUGAUUCAAGAUUGAUUGAAUCUUAGAACUUUUCUUAAUAAAAAGUUUUAUUUUUUAUUUUUUUAUUUUUUUCCAUGAUUAAAUCACUGAAUUAUAUACAACAUACACCUAUUCUUUAGCCAAAAGUGAGAAGUAGGAUUGAGAAGUGAGAUAGUCAGCAGGUGUAAUUAGGUGUGUAGAUAUUUUUAGUGUUCUUCAUAUAUAGAUUUUAUAUUUUGACUUGUUUGUAAUUUCAAUAGGCAUAUAAUAUUAAAUUUCCCAUA